AUGAAAGACGCUUUCUUUUCGUGUCGCAACAGGGACUUCUCCAAACUCAGCUACUUCCACAAUCCCGGAAAAGAGCCACUUCUGACGUGGACAGCGGGAAAUGUCAUCGACAGAGCGGCAGAUUUUUUCGGGGACACCACAGGCGUCGUGUACCCACAUCAGAACAUCAGCAGGACAUACACAGAAUACAAAAAAGAGGUAGAUCAACUAGCUGCAAGCCUGGUGUCCCUCAAACUUCCGGUGGGCUCCAGGGUUGCCAUACUUGCUCCGAGAAUUUACGAAGGAGCACAGCUCCUUUAUGCGGCCUCCAAGGCGGGACUUGUCAUGGUUGGCAUCCACACAUUCUGCACGCGUUCUGAACUUGAGUUUUGCUUGAAUAAGACGGAAUGUGCGGCUCUGAUCCUCGGGGAAAAAUUUCUUGAUAACAAGUACUACAAGAUGUUAGUUCAAAUUGCACCGGAACUUGAAAAGUCGUCGCCGAGAGAGUUGAACAGCCAAAGGCUGCCGUUCCUGAAACACGUCAUUACCAUCGGCAAUGACCAGAUGCCAGGCAGUAUUACUUUCAAAGACCUGAUGAAUUCAUCAACGGCUGAAGACCACGCCACAAUGAAAUCUCUGUCUGCCAAAGUGCAGUUCGACCAAGACGCUUUUAUUCAGUUUUCCUCAGGUACAACAGGGCUGCCGAAACCGGUCCGACUGAGUCACUUCAACGUUGUCAACAACGCCAACAUUGGGGGCCGCUGUAUCGGAUACCAUCGAAAGCAUGAAAUCAUAUGCAUGAACGCAGAUUUGAUCUACGGAUUCGGCAGAACACUGGGCGUGUUGGGUGCAUCGAUGUUUGGUUCCACCCUACUUAUGCCGGGAGCUAGAUUCUCAACAAAAACGACCCUGGAAGCCAUCACCAAGCACAGAUGCACGAUCGCAACCGGUUCAACCACCAUAUUCUCCGAUAUCAUACGUGAGUUUGACGAAGGAGCAUACGACGUUUCUUCCCUUAGAAAAGCAAUCAUGGCUGGGUCUUUAUGUAAUCCUCUCAUUGUGGAAAAAAUAAGAACAAGACUGAACGCCCAAGCUGUAUACAUCAUGUAUGGUGGCGCCGAGACCAGUCCAGCGUUCAGCAGCACGAACCCUGAUGAGCCAACAGAUCGCUGGAUUCGGACAAUCGGGACACCGUUGGAGCACGUUGAGGUGAAGGUUGUGGACGCUGAAGGCAGGAUUGUUCCCGUGAACACGAGGGGAGAGCUGUGCACCCGAGGCCCCCAUGUAUUUAGGGGCUACUUCAACGAUGACGCCAAGACAAAUGAAGCCAUCCGAGACAACUGGUACCACACAGGGGACGAGGGGACGAUGAGCGAAGACGGUAGGCUUACAUUCGUGGGCCGGAUUAAAGAGAUGAUCAACUUCACGGGUAUAAAAGUGCCGCCACUGCAAAUCGAGAAUGUCCUGAAUUCGCACCCCGACGUGGAGGAGGCGCAGGUGAUUGGAGUACCGGACGAAGUGGCGGUUGAAAAGAUAUGUGUUUGGAUCAAAGUGAAAUCAGAUAAAACCUUAACCCCAGAAGACAUCAAGUCCUUUUGCAAGGCCAAGGAGCUUCCCUGGUACAAGGUGCCCGAGUAUGUGCUGUUCGUGGACUCUUUCCCGAGGACUCAGACCGGCAAAGUUCAGAAGCAGAAGAUGCGCGAGGAGAGCAAACAACUCCUGAACUUGUGAAGAGCAAUGAGCGUGGGAUAAUCAUAAAUAAAUAAAGUGUUCAAUAUUUAAAAAUGAAUACAACUGCUAUGAGACAUUUGGUAUGGAUCAAGAAGAAGACAAGGGGGAUGGGGGAAUCGCGAGAGUGAGCGAACGAGCAGUCUUAUAAACCAUUUAACACAA